GCGACGCUGAGCAGCCAGUGGGCACACUGUUGACAGUGUUCCGACACUGCAGGAACAAGAGAUUCCUUUUCCAUUCCAUUUGAUUUCAUUCUUCCGUUUUUUCCCCCUCUUCGAGGCAAGCUGUCCAGCAUGUCGGGAGGGAGCUUUGUCUUCACAUCCACAGCUUUACGCUCCCUCCGACUGGAUGAGGACAUGCUGGAGAGACACCGCUACAAGCAGCGUUUGGCCUCCCAUCACCUCCUUAGCUAUUCGCUGAAGAAGGAAGCAUGCGAGAGAGCGCCGCUGAGGUCCAGCACGGCCCUGAGGCCGGCCCUCUGCCGAGACGUGGUUAUUCAAAACGCUGUGUAUACGGGCGACCUGGAGGCCAUGCAGCGCCUCUUUCCCCGAGGAUCCACGGCCAGCCUCAUCAUAGAGCCGCAGGGCGGAGAGAUGCGAUGGUUUGCCCGGGGGGAGGGACUUUGGUCGCUGACCUACGAGCAGGAGCUGACAACGCCGCUUCACAUCACAGCCGGACGAGGCUUUACGGACUGCCUAAAAUUCCUGCUGCAACGUGGAGCCAGUGUAGACUUGGCACCUGGUGGCAUCACCGCCUUGCACGAGUCCUGCGCCAACUACGAGUCCGAGUGUACCAAAAUGCUGCUGGUUCAUGGUGCCAACGCCAAUGCCGUCUCGGAGGACGGCCGCAUGCCUCUGCACUUGUGCGCGACUCCUGAAUCAUUUGAAUGUGCCAAGUAUCUCCUUCAGUACGGUGGGGCCGUCAAUGGACGCACUGUGGAUGAAGACGACACCCCUUUACAUGUGGCAGCCAGGAAUGGUCUACCAGAUCACGUCAAGCUUUACCUACGCUACGGGGCCGUCGUGGACAAACAGAACGACGAAGGUCUCACACCGCUGAACGCCGCCUGCUCUCAGCCGCAGGAGCUGCAAGACCUCCAGCGUUACUUCAAGGUGUGCCAGCUGUUGCUGAAGGCAGGAGCUGACCUCCACACCGUGGACCAGGACAAACACACACCCUUGCAUAUGGCGUGUAAGAACGUCAAUGCCGACUUGGUGGACCUGCUCUUGGCCAACGGGGCCUGCGUUAACAACAUGGACUAUGGCGGCGAAGCUCCCAUGCAUAACAUCCUGAAGGUGGUGUGCUACAAAAUUGCCCAUGGUCCUGAGCGGGUUGUGCGUGCCCUGCUCAACUACGGCUCUAUCCGGGUGUGGCCCGGAGCGCUUCCCAUGGUUCUGAAGAACUGCGCUGAAUCGCCACGCACCAUUGAAGUUCUGCUCAACGUCUACAGUCACCUCAAAGUCAACGACACCUGGGUCGAGGCUGUAUCACCUGAGGUGUUUGAGAAGCACAAGGAGUUCUACGAGUCCAUCUUCUCACUUGAACGGACUCCUCGUUCCCUGCAGCACUUGGUCCGCUGCAGACUCAGGACCUUCCUGGAGGGUCGGCAACACAAGGUGGUCCCAAACCUGGACCUGCCCACCUUUCUCAAGAACUACUUGCUCUUGGAUUACAGAGGUUAUGUCCACUAAAUCACUUUUAAAGUACUGAUGAAGAGUUUGCUGCUGCUAAAAAAAACAACGAUGCUGUAUUUCAAAGAUGAGUGGUUGGCCAGGACCCUUAUAGCUUUUACCACGCGGUUUGGUUUUCCACCACAAGAGGGUGCU